AUGAAUUCCUUUUUUCUACCUAUUUACUUGAUUGUAUUUGCUGUAUUUAUCGGAAAGGUUAUCUGCCAAAAUGGAGGAAUCGCCAGAAUGCAAGAGUUGAGAACUAAAAUUGAUCCAAUCAGAAGCUUUGAUCUUCCUGAGGAAGCACCCAGAGCAAGAAUCAUUUCGACAGAUUUCUUGAGUAGAAGCAGCAAGAAAAUGAAGAAGGUUUACAAGGACGAUUCCCGACAAGAAGAUUUCAGAAGAUGGAAGCUUGAUGAACUUUCUGAAAGAGAUAUGAGAAGUAGCAAAGAAGUAAAGAGCUCGGCUCGUUCUCCAUUUGGAUCUGGAAGUGGAAGUGAAGAGAAAGAGGAGAACAUCGGAGAGUUCUUCCCAUCGAAGAAGUUCUUCAGAUUGUAA